CAGAGAUCCCUACCAUGAUUACCGAAAUCGAAGAAGUACCUGCCAUUAUGGUGGGAGACUAUAAACUACAAUUUGAAUUGGGUGAACCCUGUGAACGUACCAAAGAGUGGCUUUACGUGAACUACGGGAAACUCCCGAAAAUAUUCAAAAAGGCACAGCGGAAACUUAAAAAAUUAUUGGAUGCUGAACCGGAUUUAAAAUGUCCCCGAGAUGAUUUGUUUUUAUUGAGAUUCUUAAGAGUUUGCAAAUUCUAUCCCGAAAGUGCUUUGAAAUUGAUCAAAAACUAUUAUUCAUUCAAAGUUAAACAUGCCGAUGUUUAUAAAGAUUUAAUACCCAGCAAUGAGAAGAAUGUCUUUGAUCAUAAUGUCAUUAUAGUAUUUCCCAAUAGAGAUCAAUUGGGACGUAGAGUAGCGGUAUUGGAAUUGGGAAAGAACUGGAAACACAAGAAAGUUUGCUUGGAUGAGGUCUUCAAGGCUGCCGUUUUAUAUUUGGAAGCUGCCAUGUGGGAGCCUGAAACACAAAUUAAUGGUGUCGUAGUCAUCUUCGAUAUGGAUGGUUUGAGUUUACAACAGACUUGGCAAUUUACUCCAGCCUUUGCCAAACGUAUUGUGGACUGGUUGCAGGAUUCGGUACCUCUACGUAUCAAGGCCAUACACAUUGUCAAUCAACCCAAAAUCUUCAAUGUAGUAUUUUCUCUAUUCAAACCUUUCUUAAGAGAAAAAUUGCGUAAUCGUAUUAUUUUCCAUGGUACCGAUCGUGACUCGCUAUAUAAAUACAUGUCUCCCGAAUGUUUACCCGCCUGUUAUGGUGGUUCACGCAAAGAACCCCGCAUCGAUGGUAAUCAAUGGUAUAAGUUGUUGGUCCAGUGUGAAAAGGAAUACAAGGCCAUUAAUUCGUAUGGUUAUCAAAAGUAGAGUCAGAGAAGAUUUUUUGUAAAAAAUCGCACAUCCAUUAUAUUGCCGCAAAAUAACACCCAUCAUUUAUUGUUAACUAUUAGUUUUUAAGAAAUAUACUUGUUUUUGGAGAAUUUUAAAUCCGAACAAAAUUUCUGUUAUAGAACAAACUCUGGCCAGUUGUUCUUAAAGUAUGUACUUACUUUCCCUUUUAAUUUUUAACAAAAUUUUCUUAAAACUUAUUUAUUUUUUAAAUUAAUUUCUCCUUCUUCACUUUUUUGUAUAAAUAUUUUUGACUUGAAUUAAGAUUGUACCUUCUUCUAUUUUUACUAAAUAAUUUAAUAUGGGGGCUGUAAAUAUCACUUAAGUUCAGGGAUUAAGUUUCAUUAUUACUUGAUUUUAGUAUUGUAAUAAGGGAUUGUUUAGUUUGUAAGCUUGAAAUAAUAUUUUUUAUAUAAAAAUAAAAACAGAAAAUUAAUUUUGAAAUAAGAAACGCUUAGAAAAUAUUAUGAAGAAAGUUAUUGUAUAAUAAAGCGCUUAUUUAAGAAAAAAAGUAAAUAAAUGUUGUAAUAACAUAAAA